AUGUCCAUCAGCGGAGAUAUUCGUGUCGUCGUCGGUAUAGAUUUCGGCACUACUUAUUCGGGAUUCUCGUACACACAUAUAUCACAUCCAAUAAUCAUAACCAACGAGGAAUGGCCUGAAAAAAUUGGACAAUUAAAGACUAAUACAGUAUUAAAAUAUAAAGAUGAAAAUUUUGAAGAAGUCGAUUGUUGGGGAUAUCCAGCAUUGUAUAAAUCUCCUAUUGAAUUAUUUAAAUUACAUUUGGGUGAUAUACCAGAAUCAGAAAAGCCUUAUCUUCCAUCUAAAUUAAGUUAUAAGAAAGCUAUUACUGAUUAUCUUCGAGAAAUUGGAAAGUUGAUUAAAAAGACCGUGUCAACUCGAUGGCCUGGUAUUGAAUGGCACCAAGUACUUUUUGUUAUGGCAGUUCCAGCGGAAUUUCCAGAAAGAUCGAAGAAAAUAUUGAGAGAAUGCGCAUACGAUGCUAAUUUAAUUAGUAACAAAAAGACAUAUAAACUACAAUUCACUACCGAACCCGAGGCAGCGGCAAUAUAUUGUAUAGAUAAAAUUCCUGAAACUGAAAUCGAUAAUUAUAUCGGAAGAUCAUUCUUGGUCGUUGAUUGUGGUGGUGGAACUGUUGAUUUAACAAUUCGUAAACUAUUAAAGAAGGAUGAACUUGAUGAAGUAACUAUAAGGACAGGAGAUUACUGUGGUGGUACUUGUAUCGACCAAGAAUUUAUAAAAUUUCUUGAAUCAAAAGUUGGAGAAUUAGCAAUUAGUCGUUUAAUUGAAAAUCAUUAUGGAAAGUAUCAAUAUUUAAUACAAGAAUUUUGUAGAAUUGUCAAAUUGUCUUUUACUGGCAUUGAGGAAGAAUAUAAAAAUUAUGAAUUGGAUAUUGAGCAAGACUGUCCAAUAUUAAAACAAUACAUUACAGGAUCAAAGAAGAAUCGUUUAGAAGAUGAUGAUUGGCUCAUUGGACUUGGAUUUGAUGAUGUUAAAAAUAUGUUUGAUCCAGUUAUCAGUAAAAUUACUAAAUUAAUUCAUAAUCAACUUGAUCAUGAUAAAACAUGUUCAACCAUAUUUUUAGUUGGAGGAUUUAGUGAAUCAAAAUAUUUACAGGAAAGAAUAAGAAAAGAAUUUAUGGUUCGAGUUGAUAACAUUAUAAUACCUCAUCAACCAAUUGCUGCUGUUGUACGUGGUGCAGUAAGAUAUGGAACCAACAAAAAGCUUAUUAAGAAUAGAGUAUUGAAAUAUACUUACGGAAGAUCAACUCUUAGACCGUACAAUGAAAGCAUUGAUACACUUGAUAGAAAAAGAGAUAGUGGAUAUGUUUUAGUUUUUAAGCCAUUAGCCAGAAAAGGAACAACCGUUGAAGUCGGUCAAAAAUUUUUUCAAACUUCUCACCCAGAAAAUAGUGACCAAGAAAAAAUGUGGUGUCGGAUUUUAAUUACAGACAAUGAGAGUGCAAGAUAUUGUGAUGAUGAUGGUGUAAAAGAAUUGGGAGACUUUAUUAUUGAUUUACCAGAUAAACAACUUGGUAAAGACAGGAAAGUUUAUUUUGAAUUAUGUUUUGGAGAAAUGGAAAUUAGAGCAUAUGCAAAGAAUGAGUACAAUGGGAACGAAUAUAGUGCCACUUUCAAUUAUUUCGAUGAAAAUAUCGCUAAAGUAGCAGAUGAAAAAUUUUCUUGA